AGACCUCAUAACAGCCGGAAGAACGUAGAUGUAUAUAUAUAUGUAUGUUUCGACAGUGAGUCUGACUAACGCCUUUCUCUGAGUACCGAAGGCACGGGGUUUACACUUCCUGAUUACACUUACAGAGCUAGUGUGAUAGGCCAUCAUUAUUACAAGUACCCAAAUAUUGUGUCUUACACGUGCCUCCUAGGACAUGAUUAAUUGGCUGGAGUUGGAUUAGGGACAAUUAUAUGUCUCCUGAAAGCACAGCUUAAACUGAUUGUAGGUGUUGAACGAACCCAGAGCGAACCGGGUAAGGAACGUCUUAUACCGUAUGUAUUCUCGGUCCACAGGCAUGAAAGAAAACGUAAACUGAAAGUGAAACCUUAAAAUAUUGAAGAAGGAAGGACAUUCGUCUGAUUGGACUUACUACAGCGUUUUUGUACAAACGUCUAUUUCCUGUUACAAGCGUAUAGAUAGAACGAAUAUCACAUUCAUCUGUAUGGACCUGCCUAUGGAUACUUCUUAUAUUUCCGCAACUUACCCCCUCCAUUCUACAUGGACUCAUCCCACACCUUGUCUAACAACUCAGAAAAUGUCCAGACCCGGAGCACUACGUUCGUUCAUGAUUGACGAUAUUUUGAAGACGGACAGUAUCUCGAAAUCUCAGUUGAGAACAACUAUUCACAAGCCAACCCCGCUUGUUUUCAUUCCGUUCAGUGACGGUGGUCGUGUUUCAAGUAGGUGCUGUGCCGGAAGUCGUCUGUCCACUUCUCAUUCAGACUUUACUAGACUAUCCUUUGAUUACAGAAUAUCCGCAUCCAGACAGAGCUCCUUUUCCGAGCCACAAUCUCCUAUCAAAGACGUGUCCCUUGGAUCCAGUCCAGUUACUCCAGAUCCGAUAUCUCCAACCUCUGUAUGGACUUUUCCUAAAGCUAGAUCUGACUUCUUUGGAGGAUUUCCUUCACCCAUGAGAGGAGAAAGCAGAAACUCCAUCAUUGAAGACCCCCACAACAAUGGUCAUCCAUUUGUCUGGGCUCACAUUCUUCACAGACCGCCACCGAAACGAAAAGGAGGGCAAAUUCGCUUCACCAACAAUCAAACCACAGAAUUAGAAAAAGUGUUCGAAACGCAGAAGUACCUUUCGCCACCCGAGAGGAAGAAGAUGGCUUCUGUCUUGCGUCUGACAGAAAGACAGGUUAAAACUUGGUUUCAAAACAGAAGGGCAAAAUGGCGACGAAUCAAACAAGAUGGUGACUCCCCUACCAGCCAGUCAAUCCAUGAGUCCAAAUACAGCGAUACUGAAGAACAAGUAGCAUCUCAAGAAGAACAUGGAGAAAGUGACAACUGUAAUGCAGUGUCAACAUAGAAAGAGGACGGUGAUGUCUGGUGAUGUCAGGGUUGUUCUUAGAAACUUACAUUUAAAUCUUAGUUCUCACGAAACCACUGGACUACUUUUCUGCUCAGAUCUGAGCACGUGAUUCUGAUAAAACUUGUUCAAGACAAAUCAACGACCAUACUACUUUCUUGCUCAGAUCUGACUAUAUGUGAUCCUGCUAAAAUUGGUUUAAGAAAGAUCAACAAUUGGCCUACUUUGAUGAUCAUAUCUGAUCACACGUGGUCCUGAUAAGACUGGUUGAAAACAAAUCAACAGCUGGACUACUUUCAUAUCUGAUCACAUUUGGUUCUGAUAAAAACGAUUGAAAAUAAACGUUUUCCUGAUUACUUAUGACCACAUGUGGUUUCGAUAAGAGUGAUUGAAGAUAAAUCAGCAGUUGGACUACGUUCACGAUCAAAUCUUACCACAUGCAGUUCUGAUAGAACCGGUUUCCAUUUCACUUCUUACAAAAACAAAAAUUAGGUUAGAGAAAACAUAGUUCAGUUCCAUUCUGAUAAAAUACUAUGAUUAUUUUUGAAUGUAGUAUAAAAUAUGGAUCCAAGACGUAUAGCAAAACGUUACGUCAGUUCUUGUUGAAUUCCUUCCACUCAGUGAGAAGUGUGAAUUUCGGUGAGACCAAGGCUUAGAGCAACCAACAUUGCAUAGUUGUUUCUUCUCUUUAUAUCACCAGUUUUGAAAGAUGUAUAGAAUAGUUCCAAAGUUAAUGAGUUUAUUGACUAUACCAAAGUUAAACUGAGGUUGUGGAGUAAAGGUUGUAUUAUGUGGAAUUUAUCUAAUCUCAGUGAAUAAAUUGAAAUUAUUGUUUAAGACCUAAA